AUGCACGACCUGAACGACGCGCUGGACGGGCUGCGCGCCGUCAUCCCCUACGCGCACAGCCCGUCGGUGCGCAAGCUCUCCAAGAUCGCCACGCUGCUGCUGGCCAAGAACUACAUCCUCAUGCAGGCGCAGGCCCUGGACGAGAUGCGGCGCCUGGUGGCCUACCUCAACCAGGGCCAGGGCCUGGCCGCGCCCGUCGCGCCGGCGCCCCUGACGCCCUUUGGCCAGGCCGCCGUGUACCCCUUCUCGGCGGGUGCCGCCCUGGGCCCCUGCCCCGACAAGUGUGCCGCCUUCUCCGGCUCGCCCUCUGCGCUCUGCAAACACUGCAGCGAGAAGCCGUGACCACGACGAGGCCGCGGCCGCGCGCCCCCUGCGCCCCUUUCCCCAGGACUGUCCCCGCUCCUGCGCCGGAGAUGCAGACCGCCCGCCGCUGACAGCCGG